AAAUCAAAGAAUUAUUUUUACUAUGAUCGUCAUUCAUUAAGAAAAAGUCGCGUUCUUAAAAUGGUCAUAUAUAGUUAAACCAUUUAUUAACAGUGUUUCAAUUUAUAAUUUUUAAUCUUAAGUAUAUCUUAAAAAUCUAUAAAAAUGAUCAAUAAAUACAAUUUUCUUGCAAGAAAAAGCUGGAAGAAAGAUACAGCUUUCAGUUUUAUAAGUGUGAUAAUUGUUUUACUUUUAACAAAACCAAAUAUAGGAGAAAGUGCAGCAGUACAAAAAUUAUUUAAAAUUAAACACUUAACUUAUUUUGGUAAAACACACUCUAACACAGCUGAUCUUGAUAAAACUUUUCAAAUAGUACAAAAAUACAAAAGUUCUUUGCUAAACGUACAAGAUGAAAGUAUUUGCCAAACAAUAUCAAAUCGAUCCAAAAGAUAUGUCUUACAAGGAUCUCGUUGGCCUUAUAAAAAUCUAACUUAUAAAAUAUCAAAUUAUCCCAAAAGACUGGCAAAAUCUGAUGUCGAUGAUGAAAUAUCAAAAGCUUUUAAUGUUUGGAGUGAAUAUAGUUUACUUACUUUUACAGCAAAAACAAAUGGAUCGGUCGACAUUGAAGUUCGUUUUGAUGAUAUAGAAAAUGGUGAUCCUUUUGAUGGUCCUGGCAAAGUAUUAGCUCGUUCGUAUUUUCCUGUUAGCGGAGGAGAUGUUUAUUUUGAUAUUGCCGAAUAUUGGACAAUUGGCAAUCGACGUGGCAUUAAUUUAUUUCAAGCGGCAGCUCAUGAAAUUGGCCAUUCUCUGGGAUUGAGACAUUCUAAAAGCAAAACAGCUUUAAUGGCACCAUUAUACAGGGGUUUUAAUCCAAAAUUUAAACUUGACGAUGAUGAUAUUUUGGGCAUUCAAGCGUUGUAUGGAAGUAAAAUGAGAGGAUGAAAAAAUAUUCAUUUUAUAUGAUUAAGAUAGUAGUCCCAAAAAGCCAAUGAUUAGCGUAAAACGUGUAAGAACUUAUAUAUAAAUGUUUAAUUUGUCAUCAAAACCAUAAAUAAAAUGAAUCAUUGGCUUUUUGGGACAAAUUGCAGAUUUUACUUUCUCUUCGAAAAAAAACACCCUUUCACCAAAAUUUUUUUUAUGAAAACUCUUUAUUCUUGCUUUCUAUCCCAAAAUCAAUGUUUUUACCAAAUUUCAUUAGGGUGGCCCAUCAUUUUUGUUUUCACUCAAAAAAACACCUUUUUAACCAUGAUAUUUGUAUAGACACUUUAGGUUCUUGUUUCUUAUCUUAAAAGUAACAUUAUUGCUAAAUUUCAGUAGGGCACCACUAAUAUUACUCUAGUAUUACACACUUUUUCAAUUAUACCCAUAUUUUCUUUAGUUCUAAAAAAAAAACACCCUUUCACAUAAAAAAAAUGUACAGACCUACAUUAUUCGUAAUUCCCAUGGGAAAGAGAACAUAUUCAAUGAAUUUCGUAAGGGUGCUAUUUAUACCACUGAUUUUAUCGGACUUAUCGUGGAUUUUUUCCUAUUUCCCAAAAAAACACCCUUUAACCUAAAAUGUUUGUAUAGACUGUACUUGGUUUCUGUUAUAGAUGAAACAUUUUUACCAAUUUUCAUUGGUGUAAUAAUUUUUUCCUAGUUUUUGUGGUAUUAAUCCCGAAUUUCAUCAUUUCUUAAAAAAACACCCUUUCACUCAAAACAAUUUUGUACACUUUAUAGAUUCUUAAUUUUUCUACCAACCAAAACAUUUACACCAAGUUUUAAAAAUUAAUAAAAUUUAAGUCAGCUGUUAUGAUACCUUCCUCACACACACAACUUAACCCAUCAAAAAAACACCCUAAAACCUUCACCCCGAAUUUCAUCAGUGUAGCGUGUUUUUCCCAUGGGUUUCGGUUAUAUUUUACCUGUUAAAGUAGAAAAACAAGCACCCUUGUUUUCAAUGGGCUAUAACUUUUUUUAGAGCAAUCGUAUUGACUUUACUUUUAUGUCAUUAGAAUCAGCAUCAAAAAAUACCUUGAAAACAUGUGUCAUAUGAUGAUAAUAACAAUUUUUUUCAGUAUAUUUUUGACCUUCACCCCCUCCCUCUUGUCCGCGAAAAAACACCCUUCCACCCAACUUUUUUUUAUUGACUUUUUUGUACUUGGGUCUUAUCCCAAAAGCAAACUUUUUGCCAAGUUUCAUGAGUGUAACAGUUUUUUUUUCUUUUAAAUGCCUAUUUUACCUGUACUAUAGUAUUUUACUUUAUAAGUUAGUUAUGAAUAAAUAGGCAUAUACUACAGGGCCGUAGCUACCUCUGUAUCUAUGUAACAGGGCCCGGGACAUGUAGCCCCUACAGAUACAGAGCACAAGACGUUUAAAAAAAAAUUACUAAAAUCUAUGUACCUACCUACCUACCUAAAGUAAAAUCUGAUUAAUAAAAGUACUAUGGUAGCCUUUUUUGGAACAUGUGUCUUUGUGAUGAUUUUUUUUUUCCUGUUCACGUCCUACCAACCAACACCAACAAUAUCACAAUUUAUAAAGCUGUCUGUAAAAGAAAAAUUUUAGUUUAGGAGGCCAUUAAAACACGGUUCUCAAAGAGUUACCACUACGGGCUAUGGAAUGGGCCUUAGGGUAUAUUUCCUGACUGAAUUCCACUUUCUCCAGAGCCCCAAGAAUAGUGUUGGCAGCAUUUUCGUGCUCUAUUAUACACCAACUAAAUUAAAUUAAAUAUUUUGAUGAGAGGAUUUUGCUAUAAAAAGGGCCCCACCACAGCUAUUUCAUUCAGUUCGUCUGUUGUCGUGUCGCGUUGUGUCGCCACAUGCAACAUGCCACAUGCAACAUGCAACAUGCAAAAUGCAACAUGCAACAUGCAACAUUCAACAUGCAACAUAAAAAAAAUAAUAAAACUCGAUUCUAUUUCAUAAUUAUAACAAACCUUAUCCUGAUUAACUCCCAAAGAAACAGAUCCGUCAAAUUCAAUUUAUUUUAAUAGAAUUUCUAUAUAAGUUAUAUAGAAAAUGGUUUAUUUUUCUUUUUAAUUGUUAAUUUUUUUUUGGCGAUUUUUGUAUACAAACUGAAUUAUUUUAAUGAAAAUUAGAAUGUUCAAUAUAUUUUAUUUACAAAUGGAAGUGUAAUUUUUAUACAUAAGAAAUUAAGUUACUUAAAUUAGUA